AAGUUCCUGGAAAUGGUUCUUUGGUGCAGGACCGUGUUUAUGGGCGCGCACUGCCUUUACUGCCCCGCUAUCAACAGUGAUGGUCGGGCAACAUGUUUCACCGCCGACUGAUUCUCCAGACGCGAAGACCUGGGCUUUGAAAUGCAGAUCUCCUCGUCAUACAUUGACUAGCCGUCAUACAUCGGAGUCGUUUUGCGCGGAAUAGGAGACGUGUGUUUUACAGGGUCACCGUCGAGUCGCGCGUUGGAUGUGUGCGCCAAACCUACCACCUCCUUCCACCCGGACCGGGUCUGGCAACAUUCUACACCUUUUAUUCUAAUGCGGAAACUUGAAGAUACGAGGAAACACCAUGAGAGCAAACAUCUCCCCCAGGCACCGCUGAUCGUGUUUGCACACACACUGUGUCAACGUUUCAAGCAGAAGUUCAAAGCGUUUGGAGUCACCUGGCUGGUCAAGCGUCCGUCUGAUGUCCGUUCUGCUGGCCGGUUGCAGCUAGACAACAAGGUCGUUCCACCAAUGACCUGCCAGUCCUCCGAGCCUCCAGACGCCAUCCAGCAGCAUGACAGACGGGCGGACAGCGACCCGAGGGCUGGAGACUCCGACGAGAAUCGCAUCGCGUCGGCUAUGAAAGAUCUGAAGAACACAGGCUGGUACUGGGGCAGCCUCACGGCCCACGAGGCGAAGGAGAUCCUGCACGACUCCCCCGAGGGGACCUUCCUGGUGCGGGACAGCUCGCAGCGGGACUACCUGUUCACCAUCUCGGCCAUGACGUCGGCCGGCCCCACCAACCUGCGCAUCGAGUUCAAGGACGGCAAGUUCAAGCUGGACUCGGUGGUGCUGAUCAAGCCCAAGCUGCGUCAGUUCGACAGCGUGGUGCUGCUGGUGGAGCACUACGUCCAGCUGUCCCGCAACAGCUCCAAGGCCGGCGGGAAGGACGGCGCCAAGACGGGGGGCGGGGCGGCGGCGGCGGCGGUGGCGUCGGCGGCGGUGGGGUCGGCGGCGGCGGCGGCGGCGGACAACCCUCCGGCGGCGGCGGUGGCGUUGCCGCCGGCGGCGCCCAGCGGCACGGUCCAGCUGCUCCUGACCAAGCCGGUGUACACGGCGGCCCCUGCGCUGCAGCACCUCUGCCGCGUGUCCAUCAACCGGAGCGCCCGCAGCGUACGGGACCUCCCGCUGCCCAACCGGCUCAAGGACUACCUGACGGACUACGCCUACAACGUCUGACGGACGGACGGUUGGACGGACGGACGGACGGACGGCGGAGACUGUCCCCGCCUCGCGCAGACCCGGGGGAGAAGGGCGAUUGGUUAGGGCGGGCGUGCGUGCGCGUGCGUGACACGCAGGCGUGCGCACCCUUUGACCGCUGCUUUGAUCGCGAGGGGGGCUAGCACUUACAGACUCUGAGAAUGACCACUCAUCUUCAGGAGGAGGAGGAGGAGGAGGAGGAGGAGUGACGGGAGGCAGGCAGUACCGUCCCCCCUUUGAGACACUCCCGGUGGCGUCGUGGGCCCGGGGGGGUCUUUGACCUUUUGAGACUCGUCCCAAAGGAAUAUAAUUAGUAAGAGAAUGAUGACGAUAGAACGGGGGGGGGGGGGGGGGUCAUUCUUUCCUGGUGAGUCAUUACUGCGGUACCGGGGCUGCUCAGGUUAACCAUAGGGCGCGCGUGGGGCGUUUUUGCACACAUUAUGAGGUCUGUUCAUCGUGGCUUUCGGUGUCUCUGGAGAAAGGCGUCGAACACUGUUGGCAUUCUGUUUUUUUUGCUUUGAUAUUCCACGGUUUUUUUUCUUCUUCUUCAUCUUUUUCGGACUGUUUUCCACCCGACCCCGUCUCUCCUGCUUUUGUAUCGUAGGUUAACCAUUGAGGAACUUGGUGCUUUACUCGGUCAACAUUGUUUGAGGACGUCCAAAACACUAGACUAAAGAGAGCUCCGGUCUCCUCAGAAGGCCUCUGUUGCUACUGUACAAUCUCCCUCUGAGGAAUUUAUUUUCUCUUUCUUUUUCUUCCUCCUGUGUUUCUCAGAAGCGGAGACAUGAUACCGAGCGGUUCUAUUCAUACUCAUACUGGAGUAAUAUCCAUUAUGCUAGGCUGUACUUCCCAUCAGAUACAGCCAUUACAUGCAUUCCUUCUGCCCAUCAUUACAGAAUACGGAUUGAUACGUUGCGCUGACACCAGAUCUCCUGCUAGCCUGUCACAUUACCAACAGUUCCCCCGGGAUUGGAUCUGGGACCAAGACAUUUGGUAAUACACCAUGCAUACAAACGGACAGAAUUACGGCGGUCACAGUAUUGUGACUCACUUUGUUUUUCCUCUAUUGCUGAGGUCAGUUGCUAGGUGAUAUCUUAAUUGGAUAUGUCAGUUGUGAUCGCCUUGGACUAUUAUGAAAUUGUUUUUGUUAAGGCAAAAGAAAAUGCAAAUAUCGAAAAGAAAGAUAAUGUGUUGUUGGUUCAAAAGAAUAAACAGAUAGCUGCUGUUAAGACAAAGGAAGUACAU